GAGGUUUGGUAGCAGGUGCCUUUACCUGCUGAACCAUCUGGAAGCCCUGAGACUGACAUUGCUAAACGGGAAAUGCUCUCUGGUGUGGUGGUCAUCUCUAGCAAAGACUCCGUCCAGCACCAGGGAGUGUCUUUGACAAUGGAAGGGACUGUAAACCUCCAGCUCAGUGCCAAAAGUGUGGGCGUGUUCGAAGCCUUUUACAACUCUGUGAAGCCCAUCCAGAUCCUCAGCAGCACCAUAGACGUGCUGAAGCCAGGAAAGCUCCCCAGUGGUAAGACUGAGAUUCCCUUCGAGUUUCCUCUGCAUGUGAAGGGCAGCAAAGUCCUGUAUGAGACCUACCACGGCGUGUUUGUGAACAUCCAGUACACACUGCGCUGUGACAUGCGGCGGUCCCUGUUGGCCAAGGACCUGACCAAGACCUGUGAAUUCAUCGUUCAUUCUGCUCCUCAGAAGGGGAAGCUGACCCCAAGUCCCGUUGACUUCACCAUCACCCCGGAAACCUUGCAGAACGUCAAAGAGAGGGCCUCACUCCCCAAAUUCCUCAUUAGAGGACAUCUGAACUCUACCAACUGUGCCAUCACGCAGCCCCUGACAGGAGAGCUGGUGGUGGAGCACUCGGAUGCUGCUAUCCGGAGCAUAGAGCUUCAGCUGGUCCGGGUGGAGACCUGUGGGUGUGCAGAAGGGUAUGCACGCGAUGCCACAGAGAUUCAGAAUAUCCAAAUCGCCGAUGGGGACAUUUGUAGGAGUCUGUCUGUCCCUCUCUACAUGGUCUUCCCCAGACUGUUCACCUGCCCAACCCUGGAGACCACUAACUUCAAAGUGGAGUUUGAGGUUAAUGUGGUGGUUCUUCUUCAUGCUGACCACCUCAUCACAGAGAACUUCCCACUGAAGCUCUGCCGGACAUAGUCCAGCUGCAGGAGGGGACAGCCAGGUGGCCACGUGGACGUCUGUCUGGUCAUCUGCUCACAGGUGGACGUCUGUCUGUCAUCUGCUCACAGGUGGAUGUCACCCGGGUCGUCCUCUCAGGCAUCGUCCCUGGAGUCUGUAUUUUCAUGAUUUCACCUCAUUGCCCAAAGCUUGUUUCCUUGAGGUGCCUUGCCUCGGCCUUUCCUCUGGAAUGUAACAGAAUUUCCUCACCUGUGUUGCAAGAUCACAGAAAACAUUUCUGACAGCCCCAGAUGUGCCUGUUUCUCUUUAGGUUCAGUAAAGCAGUUGCUGGCCAGUGAGACCACGGAGACAGAAAGGAAUCCCUCUCCAACUUGCCCAGACUCCUGACAGCAAAAGGUCAGCAACCAGUAGGCUCACAGAGUGAACCUGUGUUACGCUCCAAGGUGUGACAGUGACUUCACCUGGAAAUACGGAGCCUUUGCAAAACCUCUCGAGUUCUUGAUAACGUUUUACUAGAACUUCAGAUGCUUUUAGGGAACUAGAAAACAACAGCUAGUCCUUGUUCUCACAGGAGUGAGGGAACCUGUGAAUGGUGGCUGGUGCUGGAGUUCUUGUGGUCUGUCCAGCUGGCACACACACUUAAUGCUGCCAUGCUCCCAGAGCAGACUGAAAGGCAAGGAGGUUGCACAGGGGGAAGAAUGCAUAUGGCUGUUCAUUACUAGGUAAUUUCUGAGUGACGACAGGAGGCCACACUGAGGAAGGAUGAUGGACUUGGUCUGUCCCUCACCCCUGAGGGACCUGUGCUUUGAGCCAGGGUUGUGGCUUCAAGUCUGUUUUCCCUCAGCCUCGCACUGUAACUCACACUUUAUGGAGAGUGUGCUGUAAUAUUUUACUUUCUUCCAAUCUCGCCGUUGUUCUGUUGGUCCACAGUUAGUGAGCACUCUGUGCAUGCUGGCUGGCCUGCUUCACAGCUUCUGAGGGGCAGGCCUAGGCAAAGCAGGCCCCGAGUGACUGUCCUGUCACGGCCAAUACGGAACUGGGGCUUCCCCGAGGAAACUGAGGAGCUUUAGAGUCACCUGACAGUGUGUUUUCGGACAGUGUAUUUUUGGCUUGUCUAUUUUUUAUGCUUACAUCAUAAUACUUAUCUAACCUUGAUGUAUUUAAACAAUCAAGUAGCCAAAAAUAGAGGCCACAGUUUCUGGUCAGUUUGCAAGGAAAAGUCAUCUUUAAUGACAUAAUUUUUUUUAAUGAAUAAAGAAUGCUAAAUAAUUUUUAAAAA